CAGACACUGUUUCGUGUCCGAAACGAUGCCCCUCUUUCCCGUCAAGAAGAUUCGGAAGCAUUUCAAAGUGCUGGUUUUCCUGGUGGUGCUCGGGCUCGGGGUGUGGGCAGUGUACCUGGAGUUCGUCGCCUCCAGCGAGUGGAGGGGGAGUGGAGCCCUCCAGCCCUCCAGCGAAUUCAGAAGCUGGAAGAAGCAAUCGUACUCAAAACACAAGGUGCCUGGUGUUGAUCGUAAUUUAGAAUACUACAACCAAAGAAAAGAGGAAGUGGAGAAUGAGAUUCCUGGGAGAAGCCACCAGCAAGAAAAUGAAGAAGUGUGGAAAGCAGAGUUCAUGGGGCAAGCAAAUUUGCACAUAUUUGAGGACUGGUGUGGCAGCUCUAUCGAUCAGCUCAGGAAAAAUAUUCACUUCCCUCUGUUUCCACAUACACGAACGGUGGUUAAAAAACUGGCAGUGGCACCAAGUUGGACCAAUUAUGGACUCAGGAUAUUUGGUUAUAUUCACCCCUACGCUGAUAGUGAAUUCCAGUUUGUGGUGGCCUCUGACGAUAAUUCUGAGUUCUGGCUGAGCACAGAUGACACCCCGUCCAACGUCAUGUUGCUGGCAAGGGUCGGGAAGACUGGCAAAGAGUGGACAGCCCCAGGGGAAUUUGGAAAAUUUCAAAGCCAGGUCUCCAAGCCCAUCCCAUUGCUGUCUCACAGGAAAUAUUACUUUGAACUAUUACACAAGCAAAACGACCAGGGAACCGAUCAUGUUGAAGUUGCUUGGCGGCUGCAUAGUCCAGGCCUUACGUUCAGUAUUAUUGAUUCUCGGUAUAUUUCACUCUAUACGAAUGAAUCAUUCAUCCAAAUGAACGAAGUACAACAUAUUCCACAGUCGAUUGCAAGCCACAGAAAGAGCUAUGGCUAUGUACGUCCCCAUGGAAACCACCCCGCAGAAAUGCUGAAGCACCAUCCACGAGAUACCUUUUUCCAGUUGCCUUUCAUUGAAGAGUCCAAGAUCCGCCAGGUGUUGCCCGAGUGUGUCUACAGACCCAGCUAUGUUAUAAAGGGAUUCCCGCUGCUUCGCUAUCAGGGAUUGCAGUUUGUUCACCUGACCUAUGUGUAUCCCAAUGAUUACACAAGGCUCACACACAUGGAGUCAGAAAACAAAUGUUUUUACUAUGAGAAUAUGUAUUACUUUGAGAGAUUUGGAUUCAGCAGAUACAUGAAGAUGGACACACUAGAAAAAGACAAGGAAAAUCUUUUCAGGAUGGGAGCAGGGAUGCCCAAUAAGCAGAAGUUCAAUGAUGAGCAGAGGUGGGAGGAGAAUGCUGACCACGAGGAUGAGUAUUAUUACGAAGAGGGCGAUACAAAAGCCGAUGCGGAAGAGCAGAGUCGGGACCACGUUGAGGAGGUUGAGCAGCCGAAUGUGCAGGAGCCUGCACGAGAUGACCGAGAGGAAGGUGUCAAUCUGAAGGACUACGGCGAUGACUAUGAUGAUUACGCUUUUAAUAGGAGAAGAAAGCUAUUUCAUUUUAUAGCAAAAGCAGCCGAUGAUAAUGCCUUUGACCAUGACAAGGGUAUCGGCCUAAAGGGAAGAGGGACAGUGGCUCAAAGAGAAAUGAUGACCAGCCGUAACAAAAUGGCUGUUGCUAAAAAUAUCGUGCAGAACAUCACCUUUCUGAGAAUCAGUUGGCAAAGAGCAAAGGACUCUCCCGUUCUCCAGAAACCCAGAUACAGAGCAUCGGUAAGUGCAUCACCAUUGGACAACAUAGAAAGGCGACAAGUAAACCCCUCGGUCAGAGAGAAGACAAAAGGCGAAAGGAUUGUGACAAAGGGUAUCUCUCGCAGAGAAAGCCUAGAUAGGAAUAAAACUGCUAAUAGGCUUCAGCUUGCUGAGAGAGGUAUUCAUAGGUAUAAGAAGCAACCGGGAAAGAAACCAGCGGAUACAGUUGGUCAGCAACCAAACAGAAUAGUGCAUACCCCACAGCAGCCUGUCUCACCACUGAGAGUGCAGAGGAAUGAUGGCGUGUCUCAGAACAGUACCGGGAACAGAACGGGAACCAAUUUGCUGAAAAAUGGCCGAGAAUUGAAACCGCGGCCUGAAGAGAAAGGGAAAGCUGGUGCCAAGGGACAGUACAGAAGAUCGAGGAAGUCUGAGCCUGGUAACAGGAAGGGAAUGUUGCACAAUACCACGGCUCAGGGUCUCCCAGCAAUUCCACUUGCAAUGGAGGCCCGGCCAGUCCAAGUAAACAGUCAGACAAAAGCCAAACAACCCUUCAUGGGAAGGGAGAUAGACCACGAUUACAUCGACAAGAAAAACAACGCUGCAUUUCGAAAUCCCACAAUUAAAAUCCAAGAUGGGUUCAAACAACUUGGCAGAACCGAUCGGAAAUGGGGUUCAAUCUCCUCCAUGGAUUCUGUAACUAACAGCAAGCGAGCUGAGGUGGGGGUGGGGGAGGAGGAGGGUAUGGAGAUGGAGGAGGACACAGAAGAGCAGGAUGAUCUGACUGCGUAUCAACAUGUGUUUGAUAAAGCAGUGAACUGGGAGCAGACCUUCUCAGUGAACAAUCUGAAUUUUCAUGCUUUAAGGUCAGACUGGAUUGAUCUCCGGUGCAAUGUUUCUGGCAACCUGCUGAUCAAAGAGCAAGAGGCCCUGGAUAUAGCUGAAGCAUAUAUGAAGAAGCUGAAUGAGAAGCAUAAUGGAAUGUAUACACUUCAGCAAAUAAUAAACAUUGAAAAGCGUCUGGACCGCGUACAUGGAAGCCGAUACCUCAUUGAGCUGGAGCUGCUUGACAGUGAAAACGCAGUGCUGAGACUGUCAGAGUACAUUUAUGCCCCCAACUCCAAAGGCUACCGGGCAGGUGACGAUGAGGAGUGGAAGAUGAGGAAUACUUUCAGGAACCAAGGUCGGCAGCUCAAGGAAAACCAGGAAAACAUGCCUCUCUUGUGCAUGCCAACCGGAUUCACAUGGACGCGGGAUGCAAUGGUUCAUUUUGUGGUUCCAGUGAAAAAUCAAGCUCGCUGGGUACAGCAGUUAAUUUUUGACAUGGAAGAGUUGUACCAUGCCACUGGGGAUGAGCACUUCAACAUCAUCAUCAUAGACUACAGCAGUAGUGAUAUGAACGUCGAAAAAGCCUUAAAGCAUAGCUUGCUUUCCAGGUAUCAGUUUGUGAAGCUCAAUGGAAAUUUUCAACGCUCAGCUGGUCUGCAGGCUGGAAUAGACCUAAUAAAGGAUGACCACAGCAUUGUUUUCCUCUGUGACCUGCAUAUGCACUUUCCUUCGAGUAUAAUUGACAGCAUCAGAAAGCAUUGUGUGGAAGGAAAGCUGGCCUUUGCACCGAUAGUGAUGAGGCUGAAUUGUGGAGCUACGCCUCAGGAACCAGAUGGCUACUGGGAAAUGAAUGGCUUCGGCUUACUGGGAAUCUACAAGUCUGACCUGGAUAGGAUCGGUGGGAUGAAUACAAAGGAAUUCCGAGAUCGCUGGGGAGGAGAAGACUGGGAACUGCUGGAUAGGAUUUUCGAGUCAGGUUUGGAAGUUGAGAGAAUGUAUAUGAGGAACUUCUUCCAUUACCAUCACUCCAGACGUGGGAUGUGGAAUAGAAAGCAAAUCAAAGUGACGUAACAACGACUGUUGCAGGUCGGGGCUCGCACACAUUUUCUCUGGUCAUAAGAUUGGGAUUGGCCUGUCUUAAACCUACUGCACUACAGUCCUCUGUGUCACCUGGGUCUGAAGACAGCCAAGCUGCUGCUCCACCUACUCAGGCUACUACAAUAACUGGUUUGGAUCUUCAACCCAGGUUUAGGAUUUAUAAGGAACCUUCUCACAAGCCAAGGAUUUGAAGUGUUGGAUGAAGAGAUUCCCAACAAAAUUUUUUUAUAUUUUUGUAAUUGAAGAAAACCAUUGGUCNAAAAAACAUUGAACUUUAUAGUGAUAAGAUUGUUUUUUUUUGUUGCCUCUUUAUCUACAAAAUACAAGGUCACUACAAUUUACACUAAAUCCUGUGAAGCGCUUUGAGAUGUCCUCCUGACGUGAAAGGCACAAUAUCAAAGGCAAGAGUAUUAUUAUUUUACAUGUUGACUGCUUCAACUGGAACUGGACUAUAUCAUAGUACAAGUAAACUUGAAUAGCCUGUGAUUGAUUGUGUUUUCUAUAUAUAUAUAUAUAUAAAAACGAAGGAAAUAUGUUGCCACAUAGGACGAAAUAGAAUGGCAACAUAUCUUGGAACGUGCAUUGUGCUGUGUUGAGAACAUGAUACCCAUUGGCAUAGGAUCUUAGAUGAGAAGAUUUUCUGGCUCUUGUUGAUCUGCUUUUGGCUUACCUGUGGAACACCCCAAGAGCCAAACAAUUGGUUGGUGCUUCUGCCCUGAUCAAAUGUGUCAAUUAGCAAUACUUUGAAAGCCACACCUUUCAGUGAAAUGCCAUGCCUCGUGUGUGUGCAGACUCUUGGAGAAGUGCAGAUUAACAGGGAGCAUUGAUUGAUCAUGUUUUAACUCAAUAAGGACUCUUUUUUUAAAAAAAGCGUGCAUGUUUUAUCGAAAUGAGACCAGGUUCAGUUCGUAAAUUACCUUUUUUUUCUUACUGAUGCUUCUCGUUAUGAGUUCAUUGAGGGAUAGUGAAAUUUGGCAAGGGUUCAAAAAGUGAGCUUCUUUUUCUGCUUUGCACACAGCUGUUCUUUCCCAGGGUCGAUCCGAUCACUAGAGUAGCCGUUCCUAAAGUAGGCUUCAGAAUAACAAGGGCGUGUUGAGGCUGAUCUGAUUCUCAACGCCAUGUCAUCCACAUGUGUGUGGGUGUGUGUUGUGCACUUGCCCACAUGUAAGACCUGAAUCACAGGGCACCAAUUCAAUAUAUUGUGUGCAAAAGAACCUAGAAUGAGACACUGCACCUUUGGGAUACCUUUUUUUAACCUGUAUUGACCCGGUUUCUUUGCAAAUUACAAUGCUUAACACAUUUGUGUGGAAGAGUUUGCUGAGUUGCUAGGUUGAUUAAGCCAUAUUUUCUGCUGCCUGCAGUUGUGCACAAAAUACCUUUUGUGUCUUCUUUUCCUUUCUGUACAGGAAUAACUUAAUACCAUUGGAUGCGAAAGAAUCGUGGACCUGUAUUUAUACUUGAACGAUUUUGUUUUUUGGUUCCUGCUUACACGGGAUAAAAAGAUUAGUUUUGUCAGUUUAACCAGUGGAAAGCAAUUUUGCUGCACUGUUUGGGUACCUCAACUACGGGUCUUAAAAGUUUCAAAACGUAGUCAUUUAUUUUUCUAUGGAUGCAGAUGUGGGAAAAUUUGGUACAAAUCAAAACAUAUCGUGGGUACUUAAAUUAUGUAAGAAACCUCUAGGGGAACAUUUUAACUGUAUUAGAACACUUGAAACCCAAGCCCUUUGAAGAGGGUCUUAUGCUAGAUUUCUUUGUUUCUUUAACUGUACCUGUACAGUGUAGUGUGGCCUUGAGAAAAGGCUGGGUUAAUGAAGGGUUAAUGAUUUCUGUGAAAUUAAGUUGUGUAUAAUGGUUUUGCAAAUAAAGAUUUUUCUUGGA